CUUUAUUGUUUUUUUUAAUACUUUUUAUUAUUUUAAAGGAAAAAAUCUCACCUUCAUAUGGAGAUCUGUGAAGGUUGAAAAUCUUGAAAUCUUGUAUAUAAAUGGGAGGAGUGAUUUGAUAAUUUAGCAAAGAAAAAGAAAAGAAACUCAUUUGAUGUGUUUGAAAAUGGAGUACAAGUUUAGGGUGAAAUAUUGCUCUUUGUUACUAAUAAUAUUAAUUGUUGUUGAUCAUACGCAGGUAUCAAGAGGGUGCCUUGAAGAUGAAAGAUUGAGUUUGUUGCAAAUCAAGGCCUUCUUUUUAUCCCAUAAUAUCAACCAAAAUUCCAAUCCUUUUGAUUCAUGGGUUGGAGCUAAUUGUUGCAAUUGGGAUCGAGUUCAAUGCAAUAAUCUCACUUCCGAUGUCCGUGUAGUUGAACUCCAGCUCUACGAGUUGUCGCUGGAUUAUGAUUUGAAGUUGAAUGUUUCUCUAUUUCAAAAUUUAAAAGAAUUGAAAAUUCUUGACUUGUCUUCCAACAUGUUCUCUGGUUUUACUGGAAAUCAAGGAUUCAACAAAUAUCCAAAUUUGAUCAAAUUAGAGACUUUAGAUCUUACUGGUAAUCUUUUUGGAAAUCAAAUAUUUUCAUCUUUGAGUGGGCUUACAUCAUUGAAGGAGUUGGUGCUUAGUUACGUUGGCUUGGAAGGUUCUGUCACUAUACGUGGUUUGAAAAACUUGAGAGAGUUAAAUCUAAUUGGCAAUCAGUUGAACGGCACGCUACAUAUGGAAGGAUUGGAAAGAUUAGAGUUUUUAAAUUUGGGAUCGAAUCAGCUCAACAAUAGUAUUUUUUCAUGUCUGAGAGAACUUGUAUCAUUAAAGACGUUGAUACUUUUUAAUAAUUAUGAAUUGGGAGGCAUCAUUCCUACGCAAGAUAUUGCAGAAUUAAAAAGCUUGGAAUAUUUGGAUCUUGCCUACAAUUAUUAUUAUGAUGGAGUAAUACCCUUGCAAGAUAUGAAGAACUUAAAGAUAUUGCAUCUAUCAUAUAACAAAUUCAAUGGUUCACUACCAAUUCAAGGACUUUGCGAAACAAACAGUUUAGUAGAAUUGGGUAUCGAUAAUAAUCAUAUUAGAGGUCAAUUUCCACMRUGUAUUGGAAAUUUUAGUAGACUCAAAUAUYUUGAUAUCUCAACGAACCAAUUUAGUGGAAAAAUUCCGGCCACUAUUUUCAACCUCACAUCAAUAGAGUACUUGUCUCUUGCUGACAAUGACUUUAAAGGCCCAUUCUUAUUAUCCUCCCUUGCUAACCUCACCAAUCUCAAAGUUUUUGAGCUAUCAAGAACACAAGUGGACACUGAAAAUCCUUAUUGGGUACCAACGUUUCAGUUGGUGAUCCUUACACUACGAAACUGUGAAGUUAAUAAGCAAACCAAAUCAAACGUUCCUAGUUUUCUAUUAUCACAAYGCAACUUGRAAGUGAUUGACCUUUCCUAUAACCAAUUGGUUGGAGCCUUUCCUUUUUGGUUGCUACACAAUAACUCUGAAUUGUCGUUCUUAGAUUUGAAUAGCAAUUCACUCACGGGAACUUUUCAAUUGCCCACUUGGAUAYAAAAGUUGAAGUAUCUGCAAAUUUCUCACAACAAUAUUAGUGGCCAACUGCCCAAUAAUAUUGGUCUCCUUCUCCCUAAAGUUUCUUACUUCAAUAUAUCAAGYAAUAGCUUUGAAGGUAAUCUUCCUUCUUCUAUGGAACAAAUGAAAUAUGUAUCCUACUUGGAUAUAUCAAACAACAAGUUUUCCGGGAAUUUACAAAUUUCUAUGUUCAACAACAUGCUUGAUCUACGAUGUUUGCUACUAGCAAGAAACAACUUUAGCGGAAGAGUUGAGAAGGGAUUGAGUAAUAAACCAAAUUUGAUUACAGUGGAUAUAUCCAACAAUAUGAUUUCGGGAGAAUUUCCCAGUUGGAUUGGGAACUUGACAAAUCUUCGAUAUGUUAGAAUAUCAGGAAACCAAUUCGAAGGUCAACUUGAUGCUGGAAUUUGCUCUCUUMAUCAAUUGAACUUCUUGGAUGUCUCUCAAAAUAAAUUAUUUGGUGUGCCGUCUUGCCUCGACUUUUCGUCAUUGAUUUACUUAUACAUGCAAGAGAAUUUCUUCUCAGGACCUAUACCACAUGAAUUUUCAAAUGGCUUGAACUUGAAAGUUCUUGAUCUCAGCUAUAACAACUUUUCAGGACCUAUUCCUAAUUGGAUUCACGAACUUACGAGCCUACGAGUUAUUUUGUUGAAGAUGAAUCAAUUACAAGGAUCAAUUCCUCGACAAAUAUGUCAAGUUGGAGAUUUGAGUAUUAUGGAUUUCUCAAACAAUAAACUCAGUGGACCAAUACCUUCAUGCUUAAAUAAUAUGACAUUCGGGAUGAUUGAAGGURGUGAGUAUUCAAUUAUUCAUAAUGCAGAAUAUCUUUCCAUUUAUGUACUUGAUCUUGACCCUGCAUGGUUUGAAAUUCGUUCCGAUUAUUCCCCAAAACAAGUAUUAAUGGAUGUUAGAGGACAAAUAGAAGUGGACUUUACUACGAAAAGGAGGUUGGACACUUACAAAGGGAAUAUUCUAGAAUUUAUGUCGGGACUUGAUUUAUCACAUAAUCAACUAACAGGUAACAUUCCACCCCAAAUUGGAGACUUGCURCAAAUUCAUGCCAUGAAUUUUUCGCACAAUAAGUUGGUCGGAUCUAUACCAAAGGAAAUUUUCAAUCUAAAACAAUUGGAGAGCUUAGAUCUUUCCUUUAACUUUUUGAGUGGAAAUAUCCCUUCAGAAAUAGGUGGACUCAAUGCUCUUGCUAUCUUCAACGUGUCAUACAAUAAUUUGUCAGGUAUGAUCCCUACAUCACCACACUUCUCGACAUAUCCUGCAAGUAGUUAUUAUGGUAAUUCUCAUCUAUGUGGGUCAUAUAUCGAACAAAAAUGUCCGAGCUCUAUUUUACCACCAGACAAUCCAUCUAUAAAGCUGGAAGAAGAACAUGGAAUAUUCAUUGAUUUACCAGCAUUCUUUUGGAGCUUUGGUGCCUCUUACAUCACAAUAUUGUUGGGAUUUGUAUUAGUUCUUUACAUCAACCCUCAAUGGCGUCAGACAUGGUUUUAUUUUAUUGAAGAUUGUUGUUCCUAUUUUCGCAAGUGUAUUUGAAAUGUAUUUUUGCUACUGAAAAGCUAGAUCUUAAUUUCUUAGGGUUUGAUUAUUACUUAGAUUAGGAUGAUGAAAUUAUUAAUGAGAUGUGCUCUUUGCUUCAUGUAA